AUGUUUUCGGGAGUGGUAUUCGUCGUUAAUCAUGGCUGCGAUGACGACAGUGACGAAGAAAACGUUAUGGAUUUGGUGGCACAUCAAAGAAGACUACGCAAGGAAGUAGAUCCUCUUGAAUUACCGGAAAAAACAUUUAUUCUAAAUUUCAGGGUUUCAAAGGCGCUCUUCCUUGAAUUAGAUGGUUUGAUAGCCGAUUCGAUUGCCCCGAAGCACAAUCGGGGGCUUUCUCCCCGAGUAAAAUUGGCUGCAACUUUGAGAUUCUUAGCUCAAGGUUCAUACCAGCAAAGUGUGGCCAAUGAUUUUGCUGUUCCAAUCGGGCAAUCGACAUUUUUGAAAGUAUUGGAACAAACUUUGAAUGUGUUGGAAUCCAAGCUGGCACACCUCAUAUCGCUAGAAAUGACGGAAGAUGAGAAAUCAGAGGCACGGAGAUAUUUUUUUGAAAAAAUGGGUAUACCAGGUGUAGUUAUGUGUGUCGACGGGUCGCAUAUAAAAAUAAUACCUCCGCAUGAAGAUCCCGUUUUGUAUUAUAAUCGCAAAGGAUUUUACAGCCUUAAUGCGUUAAUGAUUUGUGACCACAGCAAAAAAAUUCGAUAUGUAAAUGCGAGGUUCAGUGGAUCGAACCACGAUUCGUUUAUUUUUAAUAAUAGCACGUGCAUGGGUUUCUUUGAAGACAAGUGGAGAAAUGGCGAGAGAAUGUUUAAGCUAUUAGGUGACUCUGCAUAUGCUUCAAAGCCAUGGCUUAUAAAGCCGUUUAGAAAUCCGGAUCCCGACACGCCCGAAUCAUCGUUCAAUUUGAAGCACUCUAGAGGGCGUUCAAUAAUUGAACAAACUUUUGGAUCGCUGAAAAAUAGAUUUAGGUGCAUACUGGGUGCGCGACAGCUUCAUUAUGCUCCACCGAAGUGUGUCAAAAUAGUGAAUGUAUGCUGUGCGCUGCACAAUUUAUGCAUUCGUGCAGGAUUACCCGAAAUUGAAGAUUAG